AGAGAGAGGAGAGAGUCUCAUUCAUUCACCCAUUCAUUCAUCUUAACAUUUCUUUUUUAUGUCCCAUCAUCUCAAAGGCCAACCUCUCUUUCUUUUCUCUGUCUUUCUCGUCCAUAUUUUCUUCCCCCAAAAACCCUCUACUUCUCACGAAUAAAGAAAUACAAAUUCCACUCAUUCCCGUGAAAAGAUCGAUAGGUUUAAGUUUUAACUUUCAAAUUUAGCUUAACACACCACGGGAUCUAACUUGAACGGAGACUUGACUCCUGAGAGAAGAGAUUAAGUACAAUAGUGAUUCAUUGCAGAAGACAGUUGAAAAUAGGUCUAAAAAGGACUGUUUUUUCAUGGAUUCAGCUUCAGGACGCGGUGCACCUGAGUCAAAUACCGGUGAAGGUUCAUCGUCAGCUCCUCCUGCUGGGUCUGGUUCAGUUCCACCACAACAACCACCGGAAUCCUCCUCUCCAGCUCCUCUAAGUCGGUAUGAGUCUCAAAAACGGAGAGACUGGAACACGUUCUUGCAGUAUCUUAAAAACCACAAGCCACCAUUAACACUGGCUCGCUGCAGCGGCGCACACGUGAUAGAGUUCUUGAAAUACCUAGAUCAAUUUGGGAAGACCAAGGUUCAUAUUCCGGGAUGUCCAUAUUUUGGUCACCAAAAUCCCCCUUCUCCAUGUGCUUGCCCGUUGAAGCAAGCGUGGGGAAGUCUUGAUGCGUUGAUCGGACGGCUGAGAGCAGCUUAUGAAGAGAACGGUGGGCGGUCGGAGUCUAAUCCUUUUGGGGCUAGGGCCGUGAGGAUUUACUUAAGAGAGGUUAGGGAAGGACAGGCAAAAGCUAGAGGAAUACCUUACGAGAAGAAGAAGCGAAAGAGGCCUGCUGCUGCAGUUAUGGCCGCUGCUGUGUCGGUGGCAGGUAGUACUGCUGCUACUACUGGUGGCGGUGCUGAAGGAGGUGGAGGUGAGGUUGCCCGGAAUGCUGCUGCUCCGACUACAACAGUAUAGUUGAUUAGUUUCACUAUUGAACAGUACGUGGAGCAGGAAAAUUCUGAUGGAAUUAAGUGCAGAAGGAGCAAUGCCACAAGAUGCAUUAUGAGAAAGAGAGAGCCCUCCUCUCAUUUGAGGUAUCUGCACCUUAGUUACCUGUUACUUUUGUCGUGAUAUGAAGCAGUAUUCAUUAUAUAGCCAAUGGCAUACUUCAUUUAAGAAAGAGAGAGAGAGAGUGACUGGAUGGCCUUGGCGUGGGGGCUUUCUACAGUGCACUGCAUCGAGUAGUCUUGUCUAAUCUACCACACCUUCCCCGAGCUGUAUAAUUAUUGACGUAUUGUUGUGCUUGAGACGAAUAUACACUUUUGUUUAUCUA